AUGGGGACCGCGGAGCCUCUCCAGCUCGCGCCUUCGGCGAGGGGCGGGGCAGGAUUCAUUGUGACGCCAGUGACAGCCUCGCCCUCAGAGCGCGGUGAGGCGGCGGUGGGAGCGGCUGGCCUGCGGCUGUGGUGCGGGAGUGCCCGGGUGGGUGCAGGCUUUGGGGCGGCGGCGGCGGCAGCAGGAGCGGCAGCGGCGAGAGCUCGGGGUAAUAUAAACAGGGAGCAUGUCACCAUCACCUCAGCAAGAUCAGAAUUUAACUUUACGCUUGUUACCCCUAAGUUCAUCAAAAGACGACCUGGUUCUUCACAUCUUCCUGAAGUACAGUACUACCUGUCCUGUGUAAUAGGUGGCAGUUGCCCACCGUAUUCAGCCAUGCGUCCGCUGGUGUUCCUGUGUGCCCAGCAGGUGAUCAAGGAUGAGGAAUCUGCAUGCCAGGCCUUGGAGCUUCUGCCACAGGACCUGUAUCCAGUCCUAUUCAAGGCAGCCUUUAUGCAUGGGAAGACACUGUUGCUCCAGGCUUUGGUGCAUACGUGGCCCUACCCCAUCCUCAGUUUUAAGCAAUUAUUGCAGGAUCGGCCACACUGCCGCAGGGCUCUGAGGCAGGACUGGCCACAUUGCCUCCGGGCCCUCCUCCAGGAGUGUCCAAACUGCCCACGUGCCCUGCUUCAGGACCGGCCUGCAGAGGAGCUGGUACAGGCAAUGAUCAUGGGAGUCAAGGCUCGACUGGAAGAGGCAACAGAUAAUGGAACCCAGCAGUCCCUCUACAGGAGGCAUCCACUGCAGCUAUUAGACAUGACUGGACUCCUGGAUUAUGGCUAUGAGGAAGACCUAAAAACUAUGAAAAUGUGGGCCCGUACCAUGACCAUGGCCCAAGCUGGCAUUUGCCACCUCUUGGACAAAGUUGAGCAGCCAAAUGAAAGCCCCAACAAAUGCAGGAAGGUCGAGGACCUGCCGUGUACCCUUCUUCCCGUGGAAGUGCGUGUAGAUCUCUGGGUGACUCCCUCCUCCAGUGGCUUUCUGAAGCAGGCCCUACAGAAUAAUGCUGUCAGCCCCCUGCGCUUGUGCUGCCGGGAUUUCCGAGCUGAAGACCUCCCGCCAGACAUUACUGUGGAUCUCCUGGGACUAUUGGAUCAUUCAAGCUUACGCCGGUUAGAUCUGUCCUUCUUUACUCUAGAAGCAGGGGGUGUGUGGGAGAUCGUAGCUUCCAUCAUGAAGUUCACUAAUCUGCUGAGCCUGAAACUUCAGUACAGCAACAUGGAUGUGUGGCGGCUCUGGGCCAUGUUGGAAGGCACUUUCAGCUUCUUGGCUUCAGAAAUGAGCAAGCUGAAACGCCUCAAGGAGCUUAAUCUGGGCACCUCCUGGCUGUCAGGCCAGCUGCGGCAGCUGCUCAGCGGCCUACAGUGUCCCCUGGAAAGCUUGGAACUCCCUGUCUGCUACCUGCUCCCUGUGGACUUGAGCUACUUGUCCCAGAGCCCCCAUGCUCCCCACCUCAAGAAGCUAGACCUGAGUGGCAACAACUUGUCAGGUGACCUCUUGCCCCCCUUCCAGGCUCUUUUGGGGGAGGCUUCAGCCUCCUUGCUGUGUCUGAAGGUGACAGAGUGCCAGCUCAUGGAUGUUCACCUUAUUAGCACCCUGCCGCUUCUGUCCCGCUGUACACGCCUACGAUAUCUUGGUCUCUAUGACAAUCCCCUUUCUAGCAUUGGGCUAAAGGCCUUGCUGUCACGCUCUGAGGUAAUGCCUGACCUCCAGCUGGUAGUAUACCCCUUUCCUGUGGACUGCUACAAGGACCUGCCUGGUGUGCCCCUUUCUGCAAACCUCUUGGAGGACUAUAUUGAUGAGGAGAAAUUUGCUCAGGUUCAGGGAGAGAUGCACCAGAUGCUAAUAGCAGCAGGUAGGGCUGAUGUGCUAUGGACCACAGAUGUCUAUGGCCCAAAUAUGCCCGACUACUUUAGCUUGUGACAGGAAGGCUGCCUGCCAGGGACAGGGAGGCCUUUGCAGUCAUCCAUUCCCCCUGGGCCUGGUAGGAGAGCCUCCUUACCUUCUGGGCUGCAUGUCUUGGGGACAGGUAGGGAGCCACAAAACCUUUGCUCUCCUUGCCUCCCAUCUUCAGACAGGGGAAUGGGACUAACUAACUGGGAAGCUCCAAACUGUGCCUCACCUGAAGGGUCCUUGAUAAGGAUAACUAAUGUGAAUGAGGAACUCCCAGUCAGUGGGGUAGGUCCAGUAGUCUGGAAGCCCAUUCAGUCAAUGAAUUGUUCCUGUGGGAACAAUAUCUAUCUAUGCCCCAAUGAGUGAAGGGAGUUGGCAUUCAUUACUGAGGAAUGGAAGGUCAUAUACUAAGCUUAGGCCCCAGAGCUUCUGAGUUGUAGAUCACUGAUCUGGAGUCUCAAAAGCUCUCUUGGUCAAGAUUAAGCCGUAGCCUUUCCCUUUCUGUCCUAUCCUUUGGAAUGCACAGCUACUGCUGUGAACUUCUCUUCUGCCAGGCUAAGGAUGCCCACUUAGUUUCUCAUGUCUUCUCCUAGGUUCCUGGUUUCUUUUCUCCAAGAGUCUCCCUCCAACUCUUUUUUUCUUUUGAACUUCUACCUCAUCCUGGGAAGGGUUUGAGCUUAGGCAGGUGCUAGCCCCCUUCUCAGCUACAUCAGCCUUAGCUACUCCUCAGUGUCAUCCUUCAGUGGCAUGAAGAAAGAGGCAGUGGAAAAGGGCAGCCUGUGGGACCUUUCCCUGGACCUUAGGCCUGGUUUUUCUUCAGCUUCCCCAGGGCUCAAGUUCUUUUUUGAACUUUAUUCUGAGUGAUUUUGUCCUUGAGCCCCGGGUUUUAAUUUUUCACCAUUUUUCUAAAUGUCACUGAUUUUUAACCCUUUUGGCUUGAGAUGCCAAGCACCACUUGGUCCCUGCGCCUGCUUGCUCCUGAGCUCAGAUCUACUGACUUUUCUUCCUUUUUUUGCUGCUGCCACUUGUAUUUUGGUGUACCUAGUUUUGCUUCAUUGGUCCUUUUUUUUCUUUUUAACCCUUUUUCUCUGUGCUCCACACACAUAUUGUCUAGGAUUUAUUCCCAAGUUAAAGGAGAAGGGUAUUGAUUCAGAAAUAAUAUAACAAAUUAGUUACAAUCCGUUACAACAAAAAUUAAUUCCAGGACAGACUUGAUUAUAUUUAAUUUUCUGAAAUGUUCUCUGAACUUGGCCCCUGUGUUCUUUCAUCUACAAACGUAUGCCACACCCUCUAGGGCCCCAGAAAAGAGGAUGACAACACUUGUCUCGGAAUCCCACUGCCUAUUUGGGAUUUUCUUCCGACAGCAGAUCCCAGUUGUAAUCAGGAUGCUUCCUGAUUGUUGCUCAGUGAUCACCCACAUUCUUACAUAAUCACAUUACUAAAUAUCUUCCCCUGUUUCUGCCCAAAGUAGGGGAACAGGUGAUAAAGAACUACCUAUCACUGAAGUGUUUUUCAUUUUUCCAUUACUCAGAAACAAGACUAAUUCUAUAUUUCUUUAAUAUCAUCUUGCCCCUUCCAAAUUUCACAAAAGACAAUCCCUUUCAUUCCCAGGAUCCCAGGAGUACAUGGUGCUUGAGUGGGGUUGGUGCUUAUCGUACUGAGAGAGGAGGGCAUAGUGAUAGCCAGCAGUUUCCUCCCCAAUCCCUCAUCCCAGAGGAAAAAGCUGUCUGGCAGAACUAGUGCCUGUCCCCUCCCCUAGCCCUUGCUUCUUUAUCCCUACUUUCUUAGACAUUGGAGCAAGAAAGUCUAUAUGUUUGUAUGUAGACUUUGUUGUUUCCUGACUCCUGAGAGAAAUGGCUAUGGCUAACAUAUGCAUAGGGACCUGCUGACAUUUUGCUUAUCCAGGCUGACACAUCAUAAACUGAAUUACUUCACAGAUGAUUCAUAACUAGCCUGGCAAGCACAGGUAGUGAACCUGCUGUCUUUCUCUGGAACCCUGAUGCUGACCUGAACUUAUCAGGAUUCCAGGGUAAAAGGAAGGCAAAAGGACCCCCUAUUCCUCACUCAGUGUGUCCUGUUUGCUUGGCCAUCUUACUAAAGGUGGGAAAGUAAAGGAGCAGGAGGAAAGUCUCAAGCUAUGAACAGGGUAGCUGGAUUUUACUCCACGUGAACUGUUUGCUGACUUCCCCAGCCAGUGCUGAUGGAAUUGUACCUAAAUGAAGGACUUGACAUUCAUUCCUGUUAAAUUUAACCUCGCUUCUUCGUCCAUUUUGUUGGAAUCUUUGUGAAUCUCAACUCUGUUGUUCAUGGGUAGCUAUGUGCUACCCAGUUUUCUGCCAAGAAUUUACAAGUUCAAGUGAUGGGUCCUCAGAUUGCUCUCUGUGGACUGGCUAUUGGAACUGUUAUCUUUGAGUUUUCAUCAUUCCCCUUCAGUAGCCACAUUGCCCUACAAGGGGAAGGGUAUGUGUGGUGGGGGGUUUGCAUACCAGCAUAUAAGCCUGUGACAUCCGUGCUCAGGCAUGUCAAACUCUUGGGUACUGAGGAGGAUUCAAAAGGUUGCUUUUACUGUAUGGGGUGAGGGGAGAGCCAAACCAAGUCUUUUCUUCUAGUGUUUCCUCCUUUCCUGGGGCAGACAGAGAAAUAUAGGUCCUUGGUAUCUCUCUUAGAGACUAAUGAUGUCCCAGAAUUUAAUCCUUGGGAGCAUACAAGCCUCCCAGACUAGGACUUGGGUGUACCUGGUUCUGAGCCCAGGAUGUUCUCUGGCUCAAAUCUAACCUGUCAGAGGCCAUUUCAGUUGUUUUCCCUACUCUGUGCCUCCCUUUCACCACCUCCAUCAAGAACCCUUAGAGGAAACAGUCCAAAAUGACUAUGGCCCCUAGACCUGAGUGGGGGUGGGGUCAGGGUAAUUGAGGUACUCCAUAGGUGAACUGCUGCAGUGUUAUCCAACCAAUAUUUAGGAAACUGAUUUGCCUAAAUGAAGGCCUUCACAUUUUUCCGUGAUAAAUUUUAUUUUAUUUUAUUUUUUGAUCCAUCAUUCCAGCCUGUGAGUUCUUUGGGAAUCUUAUCUUUGUGGUCCAUUGCUACUUAGCUAUUCAGCUUCCAUUUAAUAAACAUUAAAUUCAGGAUAGGAUCAAGGCACAAUGAUUGGGGGGGGGGGGGGCAAUUAAAAAAUAGAAUAAAGACACAGGCCCUGCCCUCAAGAAGUUAGGAUUUAGUAGAGGAAAUAAGAUGGACACAAUUCUAAAAGGAGAGAUUUAAGGAGGGGAGAGGUCACUUUCUGCUAGGGAAAAGAAAAGACCUUUUUAUGGCACCUUAGUUGAAUCUUGAGAGAUUUUAAUGGGGAGUUUUAAGCAUGAGGAAUGAUGUGAACAAAGACAUAGAGAAGGAAAAGGAUGAGAUAAAAGCUGGUAAUGAGUAGUCCAUCUUAGCUGACAAUAGAUUAUAUAAAAGGGAGUAGUAUGAGAUAAGGCCAAGACAGCAUGUGGAGACCAGAUUGUGGAGGGUGUUAAGGACAGGGUCAGAGUUCUAUACUUCAUCAAGUAAGAAAGCAGAAAUUGAUGAGGUCAUUCUUAAACAUAGAAGGUCUCUAUAAUCAGAGGAUGACUGGAGGAGGGGCAAGAUUAGAGACAUGGAAGAUAAGUUGUGUUUGAGGUGUCCGUGGAGAACACAGGCCUGGAAUCAUGGAGAUAGGUCAGGUCUAGAGACAGAAAUUGGGGAAACAUGAGAGUAACAGAUGAUAAUGGGUAUUAGGCCCCCAAGAAAGAAGAAAAGGCUGCCUUGGGGGGCACUCCUCAGAUUACUGCUUUAGGUGUUCCAAUAUUGAGGUUGAUAUUCCUGCUGGGUGAGCCACAGUGCAGUGUCUUGGACCCCAAGGAAAAGUCAUUGAUGCUUCUCAUGCUGUUGAAAAGACGUAUGGACCCUGCAGGGAACAGCUGCAAAGUAAGAUAUUUUAGUGAGUUUUUACAAGUCUACUUCAGUGUCACCUCUUAGCAGUUCACAUCACCUCCAACUUUGCUUGUUUUUUCUAAGAAGGAAAAUGCUUUUCACAUAAGGGAGGUUGAAACAUGAUUGGAUCAGAGGGAAUUGGGACCUAGGAAUCUGAUUCUCUCAGCCUUUCUCACUGCUAUUCUGCUUCUUAGCCUGGCAUUCAAAAUUCCAUGCUAUCACACUUUCACACUCACUGUGCAGACUUGUUAGAUGACCACAGAUGUUGCACUCAGUGCUUCAGACAAUCUGGACUACUUGCCAUUCUUCUCUCAACCUAUGUCCAGCUUUGUCUAGCUUCUGUGAUUUUGCUUAUGUCAUUUCCUGUCUCUGUCCCAACCCCCAGUCGUCUCUUUUUAAAGCCUAUGUAGCCCUUUAAGGUCCAGCUCAAAUGCUAUCUCCUUUCCCCCCUCCCCCCCCCUUCCCCCAGUCCACAAAGCUUCUGCUCCCUUGCUCCCUAAGCCCAUUGCUUGCACCACCUGUCAUGCACUUAUGAACCCAGAAUGUUUAGUCUUAUAGUUAUUUGUGUGUGAUGCAUCCCCUUGCUAGAUUGUGAGCUCCAUGAGGGCAGAGGUUAUAUCUUACCUAAUCUUUUGUGUCUCCCCUCAACCCAGGCACAGUGUUCUGCUUAUAGAGGGCCCUUGUUAAAUGUUUGUUAGAAGUUCAUUAAGUGAGGAGGUAGUGGAGGAACACGUAACUAUAAAAAGAGUUCAGAUAAUUUGGGCCUGCUGGCAUUAUAGCUGCUGAGACUGUGAGGGUGGCAAAGUCAAUUAGAGCUGCCCAACUGAAGAGAAUACGGAGGAGCUUGGAGAAGGUGGCUGCCCAGAAACAACAAGAUAAGAAAAUCAUGAGGCCAGCAGAACAUCUGGACUUGACAAGAACUCUGUUUAGCUCUACAACUUGUUGUUUAUUUCCAUACCAAACUCCUCACCUUCUGCUCAUCCCCUGCCUGUAAUACUACUUCCUCUUCAGCUGUGCCUUCCCCUCAGCUCCCUAGCCUGGAUUCCCAGUUACUGAAUUUCUUCAGCAGAAGAGUCUCUCCUCCCCCAUCCCCUGUCUGCUUGGGAGCUUCCCCCUGGCUUUGGGGCCUCUGGAUUGGAAAGGCUCCAGUGUUCACCCUUGAACCUGUUUCAUCAUGUGCCAAGACACUUGAAAGAACUUGGUUUGUUAUGGGGAAAUAGCUGUCAGUGGCCGGGGGGAUCCUGGUGAGUGGGAGAGGUGCCCUGGAUCUGGAGAUGAGUAUGUGCUGUCCCCGUGUCUCCUUGUGCUCUCAAGUGUUGGAGAAGGAGGGCCAGGGCUGCUUGGGUAGUGUUGUCUAGAUUAUGUGACCUCCAGAAGAACAGCAACUGUGUCUUAUCCAACCUAUGUAUUUCCCUCAGUGCUGAACCCUGGUGCUCUGCGCUUAAUAAAUGUUUGUUAAAGUUGAA